AUAGCUGCUGGUAAUCAUAAACAUCCUCAUGACAGACUUCAGCCGCAGUUCAUUGAAACUCCAGUCGAAUCAUGCAAACGCACAAUUUUCUGUGCAUAAUCUCCGUCAUUCUCGGAUGUUCGGCUCAGUUUUAUGUUAUAGAUGAUCGGAUUGGUUUAGGGCGGGAGUUUGAUGGAAUAGGGGGCUUAAGUGGUGGAGGAGCCACUUCUCGACUUCUUGUCAAUUAUGAAGAACCCUAUCGGAGUCAGAUAUUGGAUUACUUAUUCAAGCCCAACUUUGGAGCUUCACUUCACAUCCUCAAGGUAGAAAUAGGAGGCGAUGCUCAAACCACAGAUGGCACAGAACCCUCUCACAUGCACAGUAAGGAUGAGGGGAAUUUUUUCCGUGGAUACGAGUGGUGGCUUAUGAAGGAAGCCAAGAAAAGAAAUCCAAACAUUAAGCUGAUCGGUCUUCCCUGGGCAUUUCCCGGAUGGGUUGGAUACGGAACCCAAUGGCCUUACUUUUUUCCAAAUGUUACAGCCAACUAUGUUAUCACAUGGGUCAUGGGAGCAAAGCAGCAUCAUAACCUUGACAUUGAUUAUAUCGGGAUUUGGAAUGAGAAAGCAUUUGAUCCGACAUACAUUAAGGUGCUGAGAGAUGCUUUGGACAGAGCUGGCUUCACGAAUAUCGGCAUCAUUGCUGCAGAUGGAGACUGGUCUAUUGCGUCUGCCAUGCUGGAUGAUCCAUAUCUGAAUGAUGCUGUCGAGGUCAUAGGUGUCCACUACCCAGGAACCAACACAGUAAAGGAAGCUCUGUUGACGGAGAGAAAGCUCUGGUCAUCUGAAGACUACAGCACCUACAAUGACGACAUCGGUGCCGGAUGUUGGGCUCGCAUUCUCAACCAGAACUACGUGAAUGGCAAAAUGACCUCGACUAUAUCCUGGAAUGUAAUAGCAAGUUAUUAUGAGAAUCUGUCAUUUGGUAGAGAUGGUCUGAUGACGGCAGAGGAGCCCUGGAGUGGACAUUAUAUAGUGGAAUCUCCAAUAUGGAUGACUGCACACACUACUCAAUUCACACAGCCAGGCUGGUUUUAUCUGCAGACUGUGGGCAAACUCAACCACGGAGGAAGUUAUGUGGCUUUGACAGACCGCAAAGGGAACUUAACAAUUAUUAUAGAAACCAUGACACACGAGCACUCUCAGUGCAUUCGUCCUCCUUUGCCGCACUUUGACGUCUCUCCUCAGAUCGCCACAUUUGAGCUCAAAGGCUCCUUUGCACAUCUCGCUGACCUUCAAGUGUGGUACUCAAAACUGGAUUUUAAGUCUGGAAAUGGUACACUGUUUAAGCAACUGAGGCCUAUUAGGGCCCACAAUGGCUUGUUAAGCUUGAAACUAGAUGUCGAUGAGGUCUUUACUAUCACAACGGUCACCACUGCACAAAGAGGCUUCUACCCAGAGCCCCCCAAAUCAUGUCCGUUUCCUAAGAAUUACACCGAUGACUUCACAAUAGAUAACCCUCCGUUCUCUGAGGCCCCGUACUUUGCUGAUCAAACCGGUGUGUUUGAGUACUUCAGAAACACUACAGAUAACAGCUCCCAUGCCUUUACUCUUCGCCAAGUGGUCACUGAGCGGCCGGUGGCCUGGGCUAAAGAUGCCGACCAAACCAUCAGCAUCAUAGGAGACUACAGCUGGUCAGACGUAAAUGUGUCAUGUGAUGUCUUUAUUGAAACCCCCAAGACUGGAGGAGUGUUCCUGGCGGCCAGGGUCGAUCAAGGCGGAGAAUCAGUCCGACAAGCAAAGGGGGUCUUUUACUGGAUUUAUGCAAAUGGGACCUAUAGAGUGACAAAUGACAUAGGUGGGAAAAGAGUUCUUGCUGAAGGGCUGUCAGGAACAAAGGCAGGAGUAUGGUACACCUUAACUCUUAGCGUCAAGGGAUAUUUUGCCACAGGGUCACUGAACGGCUUUCCGUUGUGGAAAAAUGCUGCUGUUCUGGAGCCCAAGAGUGGUUGGGCUGCACUAGGAACUUUAUCUUUUGAAUACGCACAGUUUGAUAAUUUUAAUGUGAUUGCAGGGUGAUUCGUACUUCGAUACCUCAUGUUUAUGUUUACUUUGCCAUCACACUUUUUUCUGAAAGUGUCAGGUUGACACAGGUAUCUGUUAAUUUUACUGCAAAACUACUGUACACUCUCAGAAAUAAAGGUAAGUGGGCUGUCACUGGGGUGGUCCCUUUUUAAAAGGUACAAAUUUGUAUCUAAAUGGUUCAUAUUAAUACCUCAAAGGUACAUAUUAGUAGCUAAAUAGUACAAAAUUGUUGCUCUUAAAAUUUGUUGGUACUAAUAUAUACUUUUGAGGUACCAAUAUGGACCCUUUAAGUACAACUGUGUACCUUUUGAAAAGGUACCACCCCAGUGACAGCUCAUACCUUUAUUUCUGAGAGUGUACAAUGAACGCGUUUCAUUUCGUUUCUUGGUGAUUUGACUCUUUUUAACGGAGUAGUUGAUGUUUUGGGGUUUAUAAAUGAGGAACGGGAGAUGUUGAUCUUCAAAAAGGGAUAUUUUGUGCCAAUUAACUGGGGUGAUUGUCAAAGAAGGCGAUUAUUAACUUGAAUGAUUUAAAAUCUUUAUUCUUAAUAAACAGAUUAAAUAAACGA